GGGUUCGGUCAGUAACGACCUCCGCCCCCUCCACUUCGCCCCACUCAUCUACCUACGCCUUGUUAAUGAAAACAUCUUUUGUCAAUGAACUGACGUCAGUCCGGCAUCCAAUUGGUCCUUCUCGCAAGACCACGUGACUCUCGUCCAAUCAUCAUACGCGCUGCUCCCCUACGCACCGACCGCCGAGUGUAAUUUGCCCAUUCUCGGCGGAAGGACGCUCGAGGUAAGGUGUGGCCUUCGACGUGUGAUACAACACAACGGGUUAAAGCAAGAGCGAAGAUCUUGAAGAAACUUUGUGAGUAAGCUCUCCUCUUGGUCUUUCCAUCCAACGGAACGAAAAAGAAACGUAAGUCAAAAAUAAGAAGAGAAGAAUGUAAAAAAAUAGAGAGGAGUGAGAAAAAGAGAAAGAGAUAGACAGACAGAUAGACAGAGAGAAGGGCAAAGAAGAAAAAGGGUGGACGAAGUAGGAGCCAGAAAGAGGGAAGGAGAAAGGUGGAAAUUAUAUCGCACGCUAGCCGAAAAACCACUACGAGGAGAAAACGACGCGACGCGAGCGAUGCUGGAAGGAUUCGUAAGGUGAAGCGAAGACGGCGACGAUCUCGAGUCGUCGAGAUACGUGAUCGGUAUCGAAUGAGUCGGUGAGCGUCGUGAGCUCCGCUCGCUGCUGCCGCUGCCGCUGCCGCUGCCGUUGACACGGGUCCAGCGUACGUUACGCAGCAUCCCCGUUUUUCUCGUUAUGUUACUCGUGAUCGCCACCGCCGUCAUCGCCAUCGUCAUUGUUUGUCGUAGUUUGUAGAUCGUCUUAAUUGUCUCUAUUUUAAUUGUUAUCGUUAUUAUUAUCGCUAUUCGUUCUAUCGUCAGUAUGGUCCAUUCACGAAGCUAUCAUCAAGUUCUAUGUUGAUAAACGAAGAAAGAGAGAGAGCGAGAAAGAGAGAAAGGGAGAGGGAAAAAGAGAAAGAGAGAGAUAGAGUGAGCAUAAAGAAGAAGAGUAAAGAAGAUAGGACAUUAGUGAACGUAUAUUCGAAGAAAGGUAAAAACCAAAGAAUGGUUGAACGUAUGUAUAGGAGAAAACAAAAGAAUGAAGCUUAUUAAAAUGAUCUAUGCGCCAAGAUAAGAUUUGACCUUUUUAGAAUUGCGAAGAGCUUUUUUGGCGUUGGCAAAUAUCUGCGAAAGUUACCUCGGAACAUGCAUUUUUUGAACAAUCGUAAACAUUCCACAAACGUGUCGUUAAUUGGACAUGUCUUAAUUUGCAAAAGGAUCAAUAAUCGCAACGAACUGAUGGUAGAGGUGGAGGUGGUGGAGAAGAAGCACACACGACAUUAAUGUCGCAGGAAGUGAUGGGUAUGCAUGAGAGAUCACCGAACGAUGCUAUGUGAACGCGAUGUUGUAACGUCGUGGGCGCUGAUAGAAUGUCUGUGGGAAAUGCGUUCUACGAUAUAACUUAAAGUGCCAUUUCAUCAUAUCCAAUAAAUAUUUAAUAAUAAAUACACAUUAUGUGGGCAUUGUCAAAGAUAAAUAUAUUAAAUGAUACAUUCAAAACACAUACAAACACAUUGGUUAUCUGCAUAUAUUGGCAGUUAUUUGUAUAUAUCAAGAAUAUAAUAUAAGAAUACAUUGCUUGUCUAUUAGUUAAAUAUUGGAAAUAUCGUUGAAGAGUUUUUAUCCCAUGUACACAUUGUGCAUGACAAACUGUGCAAGAAGAAAUUGAAAAAAAGAAAUGAGCCUAUAAGGAUCAAAGAAAGAAAAAGAGGAAAUACUAAAAUGAAUAUUAAACAUGGAUAUUUAUAGAAAUAAAAGAAUUCAUUUACAACUGUAAAUAAACCAAUUAAAACAUUAUGGCGGAUAAUCUCAUAGGGCCAGAUUGGCUCUUUAGAGAACUCAGAUCCCAAGAUGGUACAAAUAGGCUCCUUAUUUUAGAUUGUAGAGCUCAUUCAGAUUUUCUGGAAGCUCAUGUCAGAGGAUCUGUAUCUUUGGCUAUACCAAGUAUAAUGUUAAGACGAUUGGCUGCAGGUAAAGUAGAUUUGAUAUCAACGAUAAGGUGUUUAGACCUAAGAAACAGAGUAGAAGUUUUUCUGCAUGGAGAUAAGAGUAGUAGAGGAACAUUUGUGUUGAUUGGAGAUUCUACAGAUCCUAUAGGACACCAGGGUGAGACAAUUCAAGUUUUAAAUCGAAGACUUAGAAGCAAUGGUGGGAGUGUUGCUAUACUUGUUGGUGGUUUCAUAGCAUUUAGAGAUAAAUAUCCAGAAUGGUGUGAAUGUAGUCAAGCUAAUAUGGAAGGGUCAUCUGGUCAAGACUCUAAUGAUGGAGAGUUGAUGGGUCUCAGAUCGCUUAGGAUAUCAAGUCCACCAAUAAGAGCAUAUUCUGAUUCAGAUAGUGACAGUACAUGCGAUUCUGUUGGACCUGAAGAAGAUAAAGAUUUUCCUGUAGAAAUUUUACCUCAUUUGUACCUUGGAAAUGCAGCCAAUAGCGAAGACAAAGAAGCUUUGGCACGACAUCGAAUACAAUACAUACUCAAUGUAACGCCAGAUUUACCAAACGUAUUUGAAAGUGCUGGCUCUAUAAAAUACAUGCAGAUACCAAUAAGUGAUCAUUGGAGUCAGAACUUAGCCAGUUUUUUUCCACAAGCUAUUCAAUUUAUAGAGGAAGCACGGAGCUCAGACAAAGGAGUGCUGGUUCACUGUUUAGCUGGAGUGUCUCGGUCUGUUACGAUUACUGUAGCUUAUUUGAUGCACAAAUGCAGUCUAAGCCUAAAUGAUGCUUUCAAUCUAGUACGUAGUAGAAAAUCCAAUGUUGCUCCGAAUUUUCAUUUUAUGGAACAACUGCUUAGUUUUGAAAGAGAAUUAAGAGAUAGAGGAGAUAGAAACAAAGGAAAUGAUCAAAGAUGUAUUGGUGCCUGCUUACCUGGUAGCACUUGUAAUUGUCCUGCACCGAGCUUUUUAAAUCCCGUUGAUUUGGGUCUUAGUCCAGAUUCAGGGAUAGAAUUUGAUAGAUGGGCAACUAGUACACCAGCUGAAUGAGACAGGCCUGGAGGGACCCAAUACAAAUUUUAGGUCCCUCCUUGCAAAUUAUUUAUCAUGUUAAAAAGGUCCUGAUUGAAGGGUAUAGGGAAACAAAAUAAAAGUUCUACUAUGAGAAAAUAAGAAUUAGAAUCUUCAGUAUAUCUUUAUAAAUGGUCAAGGAGCAUAAAUGAAAAAAAAAAAGAAAGAAAUAUGUUACUCUUCGUUUUUCUUGCAGAGAUAUUAUCUCUAUAUUUGUCAUAUAACCGUCUUAAUACUGUUUUCUACCAUCUUAAAGGCUUCCUAUUAUCUUUUUUUUUUAAUUCAUUGAAUACAGUGAGCGCUGGAGACAAAAUGUCUUCUAUAAUGAUAAAAUUGACUUUAUUCUUUAUAAAAUUCAUUUAAAGUUCUAAGAUAGAUCAGAUUGCUGCAAUUAUAACAGUCAUACUACGUGUAGAGAAUAAAUAUGACUGCCUCCAUGAAAUAUAUAAAAUAAAUUUAGAAAAACGUUUCUCAGAUUGUUAUGAGCAGCAUUGGAUAUUGAAAGUAUUUUAUAAAUGAAACUUGUAAUUUUCUAUCACGUAAUCGCAUUUCAUAUAAGUGUGAUUGUAUGUUUUUAAAUCAUCCUUCCAAAAUAGAAACGUUGUAUAUGUCAUCUAUUGAAACUUGUAUUAUGUUGCCACUGAUGUUAGUUUAAUUUUCUAUUUACAGUUUUCCUUUAUAAUUAGGGUCUAUAUUUUAAUAUUUUUUCCCUAAACCCUUCAAUAAUGUGGCUGUGUUUAUUUUAUGAUAGAUAAUGUUUUUAGGUAUGAAAUAUUCUUUAAUGAACAAAUUGCAAUAGAUCAAUCACAACCUGUAGUUAAAAUAAACAUCACUGUUUAAUGUGCUAAGUUUGGAGGUACAAAAUUGAAAUUGAUGGUCUUGUACUCAACUGUUAAGCUGUGUAAAGUAAUAUGAUACUCAAAUGUAAUUUUUUAUGUAGUUUUUCAAUACACUGAAGUGACUUACCUUACAAAGGGUAUUUUUAAUGCGUUCUGGUUUGAAAGAUGCAAAAGGAUUUGUGGAUAUUACCUGAAGUCUUAUAUCAGGCAUAUCUGCCUUAAGCAAGAUGUUUAGGGAUCAUCUUAUAGCGAUUCAAUUUAUAAUAGACACGAAAAAUAAAAAAAAUCAUUUUUAAAACAUUGCAAAUAUCAGCACAAGAGCAUAAUUGAUAUUACUAAUUGUAUCUGAUAUUGCUGAUAAAAAGUAGUGAAAGACAAUGGUUCCUGCAAAUCACGUUACUAUAGAAUGCAGAAUAAUGUUGAUCCUUCAAAUUUUUUAUGAAGGUUUUUUAAGCAACUAUCUUGCUCUUAUGCAUCAAUAUUAAGACCAGAAUGCAGCUAUUUAUAUGCUAUAAGCAAUCCGUAUACUGAAUUGGAGUCUUAAUUGUAUGAAACGGCAAUGUUUCCAUUAUCUUUCAGAUCUCAAAUAUAUAUUAAAAGUUAUUUUUAUAAAAAAAAAGAGUUACAUUCACAUUCCCAUUACGAGCCAAAAUGGCCUGAUACACUAUGUAACUAUCUUUCGUACGUUAUAUGUACUGUUCAUCAAGCGUAAUAGAAAUUAAUAAAUGUAUACUGUGAAUGUUA